UUGUCGACACGAGCGGUUCUGGUCGUGCGUAGGUAUACGCAUCAAGCCGCGGCUCUACGCUUGUGAACUAGCACCCUAAGUGUGACAUUGGCGGAAGCAUCUGCUUGCGAGCUUCGGAAGGCUAGCUUCUACAUACUGAUUUGUUGUGUGCUCGAGCGUCUUCUGAUCGGAAAGCAAUCAAUCCGAGUGCACCACCGACCUCGUCGGGAAGUACGUGACAAAUCGGCGGCUUUCGCCAAACGUCCUUCUGCUGGUCACGAGAUGAAGACGUGUAAGACGGUGUCUACAUGCACCCCAGUGGAGGAGGCUCAACGUACGCAUGUGUUUGAUAUCUUGGGUUAUAGCAAGCACAAGGGCAUGGGCCAUGGCGUGGAUGGCCGCAUACGCUCAGGGGUUUUCUCCGUCGGCGGCCACGACUGGGUGAUCUUCUUCUUCCCCGACGGGUAUAGAGGACAUGGUCUAGAUUACAUAUCGGUUUUCCUCAUGCUUUCGAGCAACAACGCUAAGGUUCGGGCGUCCUGCGACAUGAGGCUGGUGGACCGGUACACCGGAUUCUCAUCUUCGGUGCAUAAAACAGGACCUAGGAUUUUCAAUUCUGGUGAUAUUAGUAAGUUUGCUCCACAGUCUAAUUGUUUCAUAAGGCACAGUGAGAUCGAGGGAUCCGCAUACCUUAGGGAUGAUUGCCUGACGAUCGAAUGCGUCGUCACUGUUUUCAACAAGCCACAUGUUACCCAAACAAAACCAUUCCCUAAAAUCGACAUGCCACCAGCUGACAUGGCUGAGCAUGUUAGCAAGUUGCUUGAAGAAAAGCAGGGAUUUGAUGUCAGCUUCAUCGUCGAAGGAGAGACCAUUGAAGCGCAUAGGUUUGUUCUCGCUAUGCGCUCGCCUGUUUUCAAAGCAGAGCUCUAUGGGUCGAUGCAGGAGGCGAGGCCGGGGCAAUGCAUAACCAUCAUGGACAUGCAACCUGAUGUUUUCAAGGCCCUACUCCAUUUCAUCUAUACGGACUGUUUGCCUAGCGGUGAGGAUACCGAGAUGGUCCGGCUUUUACUAGUGGCUGCGGACAGAUAUGCAAUGGACAGGCUCAAGCUGGUUUGCCAAAGCAUCUUGUGCGAGGAUCUGAACAAGGACACCGUGGCAAUCACAUUGGCUUUAGCUGACCAACAUAAUUGCCACCGGCUUAAGAAUGCUUGCCUUGAAUUUAUCGAAUUAUCAAAUUUCACGGAUGCUCUGGUGGCUACACGACGGUUAAAGGAUAUCAAGAAGACUUGCCCAUCUUUCAUAGUGGACGAAUUGGAGAAGAGAACAAAGCGUCGUAGAGCAUGAGCAGCUACAAAAGGUAGAUCUGCUAAAUUCCUCAUACCAAUUCGUCGAAGGAAUGAUCAGGCCAUUGUUAGAUGAAUCUAAGAGUUGUUACGUAAAUCCUGAAGUGAUGUGGAUGCCGACAUGUUGCGAAACUAUAUAUACCGCACUCUUAUCUUCUCGUAAGAAGAAAUGGUUUUUAUACAAGUUGAUAUAUAUGUAAGAAUAUUUAUGUAAAAGAGAGAGGAUAUGGGUGGAAAAUAUUCAUAAAUUCGUUAUUAUUGACCGAUUGACAUAAAAGGGCGUUAAUAAAUUCCUGUGAAUUUAUCAAACCUGCACCACUGCACAUUUAAAGUUUGACGACGAGCAAGCUCAAUCGAUUAUUUUUCACGUCCAUAAUACGAGUAAACUGACUAGCACAAGGACUACAUGUGCUGUCGCCACUAGU